UGCUGAGCGGCGUGGUGAGAGCGAGGAGCGGCUCGGCGGCUCUCAUUCAUCCACAACCUUAAAAAUACACUUAAAAGCACCCACGGAACUCCGACACGUAGCUCACAAUGCCUUGUCGGAAGGAGAACUACAUCUUUCUGGAGCAGUCCGUCACCGUCGACUCUAAAGAAGUGGACGCGCUGGUGACAAAAAUCGGCGAGGCGCUGCAGCUCCAUAACAAUAGCGGCGGCCACCAGAAGACGGUGUCCGUGUCAAUGUCCUGUCUGCACGGGCUCACCACGGCCAGCACCACCGCCGGCGGAGGAGUCAAACCGGCGGCCAUCAUCGGCGGUAGCACCGGUGUGGCGGCGGCGGGGGUAGUGCAGAAACGCAACAGCUGCUGUAUGCGGCUUCGGAGCCGGGGACACCGGGGCAGCAGUAGGGCAAGCCCGUAUAACAUCCCCGGAUCUAGCGACCAGGAGUGGGACCAAAUCAAACCGUGGAACAAAAAGAGGAUCAGUGUGGAGGACGACGACCCGCAUCGGCUGCUGCAGGAAUUAAUUUUAUCGGGGAAUUUGAUAAAGGAGGCCGUGAGGAGGCUGCAGUUCUCCGCCGCAGACUGUGGGGACUGUUCGGACAAUGUGCCGUGCUGAUGCCGUAACGGACGAACCGGAGCCAGGGGAAGGGGAGCGGGGAUUAGGGGAUUCCGCAACGAGACCCCCCCUUCUCAACCCUCUCUACCUCCAUGAGACUGUACACACAAACUGUUUAGAAUUUAAUUUCAAUGGACUGGUAGCUAGGUUUUCUAAUUUUCAUGAAUUUUCAUCGUUCGUGUAACGUUUGUUGGCUAGCAGUUAGCCUAGCUAACGCACUAGCCGCCCGGCUAAUGAGCCAUGUUGUUUAUGUUUGAAUGUCUCCUUGUGGGUCAAACCACGUCCGGGGAUGCAGUGCGGGACAGGUUUGAGCCACCAAACACAUUUAUGAGCCAAAAGGGUAUUUUAUCUCGUUUUAGAGGCUAGCAUAUUUCACAGAACAGCUUUCACAACUGAAUAUGUCUCAUUUUUUUCCCCUCUUAAUCGACAAUGACAGUGGCUGGAAGCUAUUUUUUUUUAAUUUACAGCUACAUCCCAGAAUGUUGUUAACUUUUCUUUCUUUAAAGGGGGUUAAAUGGAGGUUUGCUCUGGGCUGUGUAAACUAGCCAUUCCCUGCUUUGGCAGAGUAUGUGGGGGUUGGGAAUGUUUAGUACUAUUUGAUUUUGUUUACAGUCUAAAUGCUGAAGGAUGUGCCCUAUUCCUGUUCACUCAUUUCAUUUAAAGCCCAUUUUACCCCCUGAGAGGCUUAUUUCACCACUUUACUUGACCUCCAGUAGCCAAGGCAGUGAAAUACACCAUAUAUGGGGAAAAAUCAAUUCUGGCCUUAAGUUAAAGCAGAAUUAAAGCCUGGACAACACUGUAUCUCUGUUGAUGGCAGCUCUACAUUUCUAUUUUCUCACAGCACCAUCAGACAUGUGGACUGGGGAGCAUGGGGAAGAAGAGAAAACACCCUUUUCUCACGAGGCUUCGGCUGAUCUGUAACUGUUUGUUUGUGAUACUCGGGGUGGGGAGGGGGUUGACGGUCAACACUUUUUGUGGUGCUUUCACCUUUUGAAUUCCUCCGUGGAGUUGAGUUUUUGUUUUUUGUAUUUGAUUCUUCUCUGUGUAAAACAAAAAACCCAUGACUACUUCGUAACGGAGUAUCUGAUAUUGUUCCUGAGUAUUCAGGGUCUUUUUUGUUGUUGUCUUAAUAAACACGUUUGUUUUUCCUAUAA